AAAAAACGAGCGAAAGUUUAGAAAACAAAGUUUAGAUUAACUUCAGCUUGUAAUAAAACAUUGAUUUUAUAAUUACCUUUCACAUUAAAAGUGUAUGUUGUGUAAAAUCAUGUAAGCCAUAUUUGUUACUGAUUUCAUUUACUGCAUUUGUGAAUUUGUGCUUGUGUCAACUGUUGUACAUCAUGCCGCCAAAAUCUAAAAGGAUUAAAAACAUUACAACGUCGAAGGAAAACACUAUCGAUGCAACUAAGGCAAUCCAAAAAAGUGUUGUUAAAAAUGCUAAGGUUCCCAGAAAAGCUUUAGCCGAUAAAACCAAUUCGGCGUCAGAUGACAAUGACCCCGUGACUUCUCCUAAAAUUAGGAUACAAACAAGAAAAAUGAAAGCAAUAAAUGUAAAUACUGCUAAAUUAAAAGAAAACGACAAAAUUAGGCCGAAACGAAAUAAAAAGUUGAGAGAUAUCUCUACUGAAAAUCAAGUUUUAAACAUUAAAAGCAAUAAACCAAUUGAACCAGAAACUCAUACGGUAUUACAAAAGACACCAGUUGUUAUUCUUGAAUCAAUGCAACAAGUAAGUGAGAAAGUUGUUGAGAAACGUAUUGCUGACAGUCGCCCCAAAAGGAUAUGCCGUCUUCCAUCCAAAUUUGAUGAUCAUUUUAUAAGCCCAAGUAAAUGUAUUCCAGUUCAACCAAUACAGGCAAGUACCCCAAUAGUGCAAAUCAAAGAUAAAAAAAUAUCUGCUAAAUUUGAUGAUGAAAUGAAUAAAAGUUUCACUAAAAAAAAACAGCAGACUAUAUCAACAGAUAGCUCUAAAGGUAGUAGUAGUAUUGAAAAUAGUAGCAGCAGUUACAAUUCAUCUACGGAAAAACCAAAAAGAAACACAAGAUCAACAAAACGUAAAUUAAUUAAGCCUGUACCGGAAAAACAAAAAGCUAGCAAGAAAAUCCCUAAUACAAACAAAAAACAAGCUGAUACCAAUAAUAACGCAAAAGAUACGAAUCCCAAACAAAGUUUUUGCAAUACAUCACCUUGUAGAGAUGUAAAUAAAAUAACUAGGAAUAGAAUUAUAAAAAAAGAUUACUCAUUCAGACUCUUUGAUGAGAAAAAAGAUGCUAAGAAAAGAAGCGCAAAUAAUCUUGAUGUGUAUGAAUUCACUUACGAUCCUGCUCAGGAGCCUCCGCCACCGAAGAAAAAACGCAAAAGAGUAGUUAAGAAAAACCAAGAAAAGCCUAAACAUGUUCUUAAAACCAACUAUGAUAAGAAUAUUGCAAAAUCAUUAGCAGAUUUAAAAAAUAUGCUAUCUAAAAAAACUGAUGCUAAACAGCAAACUGAAACACCAGUACCAUCUCAAACCAAAUUCACACCUAGUGUUGAUAAUAAAUUUAAAAAUGUACCUCAAAAUACCAAUAAUGCUGUAACUGAAAAUGUACCUCAAAAUACAAAUAAUGCUGUAACUGAAAAUUUACCUCAAAAUACAAAUAAUGCUGUAACUGGAAAUGUACUUCAAAAUACAAAUAAUGCUGUAACUGAAAAUGUACUUCAAAAUACAAAUAAUACUUUAGCCAAAACUGUAACUCACACGGUAGAAAAUGGUUUACAGGCAAAUUUCAACUCUUUCAAUGUAGAAGACAUUGUUUUAAAUGAUGUAUCAAUUGCUAAUGAUUAUAAUGACUUAAAUUAUUCCCCUGUAAAUUCCCCUGAUCAUGUAAGACAAGCAUCUGAACCUCGAGACGUAUGUGCAACAGAAACAGUUACAAAUAACGAUCCCUUAAAUAUACAAGAGGAUAUUAGUUUCUUUGAUGAUAUUCCAGUAGCCAGUAGCAGUAUGAAUGUGUCUACAAGAAACCCAUCAGCUACUCCUUGGAGAGCUGAAUAUGAACAAUUACCAAUAAAAUGGCAAGUAAAUACAUAUGUUAAACCAAAUAUGACACCAGCUUUCGAAUGUUCAUUUAUAAAUUUUAAUGAUAAGAAAAAACACGUCUAUACAAAUAUGGUACCAGAAGAUCCUGAACCAUUACCAGAAAUAAUCGAAACAGAAACACCAUCUAAGUUGAAACAAACAAGCAUAAUUUCAUUCUUCAAAGAAGUUGUAGAGAAACAAACGCGAAAAAAAUUAAAAACGAAAACAACUCCAGUUAAAGAUCCGGUAUUUGACGAUCAUAACACUGAUGUAUUGCCUACCGAAGAACCAGUUGCAUCUAAUUCUAUAUAUAAAACACCACAGAAAACGUCAUCCAAAAGGAGUACUGAUUUAUCAGAUAAUAAAGAAAAUUCAACAGAACUUGUACAAAACUCACCAACGAAAUCUAGAACAAAAAAAUCUCGUCAAAAUGAAAUUAAUAAAGAUGUUACAUUCUUUGGAUUUGAUGAAAGUGAGGAACAAGAAAAUGUUUCACCAAUUAAAAAAGAUAAAGGUAAAAUAAAUGCAUUAAGACCUCGAUCCAGAGCUGUAUUACAAGAAUUUAAUGUACAAAAAGGUCCAAUACGGAUGCCAUUGGGGGCUAGAAAUAAAAAAGAUAGAAAUGCAAUAAAUAAAGUUUUUGAUGAAGUAGUAGACAUAGAAGAGAAUCUUUUCCAAGAAAAAGCUAAAGAAAUUACUGAAGAAACAAAUAAUCCAGUUGAAAGUAAUGUUAAUAUAAGUCCGGAAGAUUCCCAGUCUGUGCAUUUAUUUGAAGAUCUUGAAGUUGUACAUUCCAAGCCACCAAGAAAGAGCUAUGGUAAAGCUAAAAAAGUUGCAUUCCGACAUCAUUCCGAAUCCAGUGACACACAGGAGGAGAUCCAGGAUAAUCAAGGAGGGUCCAGCGGAGAGGAAGACAACCUAGAGGACCUUACUUUCGAAAUACCGACAGCACAAACUAAAAGAUUAAGGAAAAAGAAAAAGACGGCCAAACAGCGUACAAGAAAAGAGGACAAAGAAGCAGAAGAAUGGGCGGCUGGUUUCAACUCAAUGUGCGAAGAUAUUGAUCAUUUUGAUUUAAUUGUGGAAUAAUUAAAACAGAUGCCAUUUUAAAAGGUAAAUAUAAACUUAACUGUGAGUUUCCAUUUGCGAAACAUGUAUAAAAAUCAUUGUUAUCUCUGGGUUUUUUUAAGAAAUACCGUAUGAAACAUUUUCAUAUUGCAU